GAGCAUGGUACCAACCCUCGCCCUCACCCUGCGCCCCCUGGGCCUCCCUUCCGUGCAUUCCAGAACCAAGGAAGGGCGGGGAAUGGUGGCACAGCCUCGCUCCGCAGAGGUCCACUCUUUUCCCAGAUACCUCUUGUUGCUGCACAAAUGGACAUUUGAAAGUGCUGUUGUCAAACACUUGCAAGAAUGGAGACCUCGUCAAUGCUGUCCUCAUUGAAUGAUGAGUGUAAAUCAGACAAUUACAUUGAGCCUCACUACAAGGAAUGGUAUCGAAUAGCCAUUGAUAUUCUGAUUGAACAUGGGCUAGAAGCAUACCAAGAAUUUCUUGCCAACGAACGAGUAUCAGACUUUCUAGCUGAGGAAGAAAUUGCUUAUAUUUUGAAAAAUGUCCAGAAUAUCGCACAAAGUGCAACACAUGGUACUGACGAUUCCUACGAUGAUACCUCAUCUUCAGGGACUUACUGGCCCAUUGAGUCUGAUGUGGAAGCUCCAAAUCUUGACUUAGGCUGGCCGUAUGUGAUGCCUGGAAUCUUAGGGGGGACCCACAUAGACCUCCUCUUUCAUCCACCGAAAGCACACCUACUUACAAUUAAGGAAACUAUUCGGAAGAUGAUAAAAGAUGCAAGAAAGGUCAUUGCUUUAGUGAUGGAUAUGUUUACAGAUGUGGACAUUUUUAAAGAAAUAGUGGAGGCAUCAACUCGAGGGGUAUCUGUAUACAUUUUGCUCGAUGAAUACAACUUUAAUCAUUUCCUAAAUAUGACUGAAAAACAAGGUUGUCAACUUCAACGUCUGAGGAAUAUUCGAGUGCGGACUGUAAAAGGCCAAGAUUAUCUUUCAAAAACAGGAGCAAAAUUUCAUGGAAAAUUGGAACAGAAAUUUUUGUUAAUUGACUGCCAUAAAGUUAUGUAUGGUUCUUACAGCUACAUGUGGUCAUUUGAAAAAACUCACCUCAGCAUGGUUCAAGUAAUCACAGGACAACUCGUGGAAUCCUUUGAUGAAGAAUUUAGAACUCUCUAUGCCAGAUCAUGUGUGCCCAGUACAUUCGUUCAGGAAGAAUCAGCAAGGGUGAAGCCUGGCAAAGCUCUCUGGGACAAUGCCACUUACCAGCGCUCAGUUUGUUCAUUAGCUUCUGUUUCCAGCCAAAUCAACCUUCUUGGUAGACCAGACAAAAUUCAUAAACUAGAUUCUAGUUACUUCAAAAACAGAGGGAUAUAUACGCGAAAUGAACAUGACAAAUAUAACAUAAGAAAUCAUGGAUACAAACCUCCUUUUGCUCCAAAUUUUAAUGGUCCAAAUACAAUCGGUCAGUAUCAAUCCAGUCAGACAAAUGAAAAUUGGAAGAGGCAUAGUUAUGCUGGGGAACAGCCAGAAACAGCACCAUACCUGCUGCUGAACAGGGCUGUGCAUCGAACCAUCAAUCCUCCUGGUAACUGGAAAAAAACUUCAGAUAGUCUCAGUGUGACAUCCUCAUCACGGGGAGGCUGUGCAAGCCACCAUAACACACCUGUCCAGAGUUUUGCCAAUCGGCUUGCCCAGAGGAAAACAACACAUCUCGCAGAAAGGAAUUCAAAUGUGCGUAGGUCUUUUAACGGGACAGAUAACCAUGUUCGCUUUUUGCAACAACGAAUGCCAACCCUUGAAAAUACCACAAAGUCAUUCUUGCGUAACUGGAGAAUUGAAUCUUACUUAAAUGACCAUUCAGAAGCUGCACCUGAAUCAAAUGGAUCAGCUCUAGGGGACCGGUUUGAGGGCUAUGGUAGUUCUGAGAAUUUGAAAGCCAAUGCCCUUUAUACACAUUCCCGGCUCCGCUCCUCUUUUGUGUUUAAACCAACUUUACCUGAGCAGCAGGAAGUUAACAGUUGUACAACUGGCUCUUCAAAUUCAACUAUCAUUGGUUCCCAGGGAAGUGACACACCUAACGACGUCCCAGGUACCCCUACAAGUGUAGAGCAUUCAACAGACAAACCAUUGCCACUUUCAACUCUACCACAGACGGAGACACCACAAAUUCAUACCUUACAGGUUCCUGAAAACCACUCAGCUGCCUUAAAGAAAACUACAAAUGACCAUAUAGAGUCCAACAAUUAUUUAUAUACAAACUUGUGCGUAAACAAGCAGACAGAAAAUCUAAAGAAUCAACAAAAUGAGAAUCUGCUGAAAAGGCGAAGUUUCCCACUCUUUGACCACUCAAAAGCCAAUUUAGAUCAUCGAAAUAGUAAGCAUUAUGUAUAUAGUACACUCACCAGAAACCGAAUUAGACAGCCAGAAAAACCCAAAGAGGAUUUGCUGAAAAGUUCUAGAAGCAUGCACAACGUGCCCAAUAGCGUGGAAGAGGAAGAGGAGGUCAAGAGAGACCCUCCGAGUAGCACAACUACCAAGUCAAUUUCCAUUGCUGCUUUGGUCGAUGUGAACAAGGAGGAACCUAGCAAAGAGCUCACUUCAAAGAAGGAUGUUAAGGGUUCUCCAAGCUUUUUGAAAAAGGGAUCUCAGAAGUUAAGGUCAUUACUUAGCCUUUCCCCAGAAAAGAAAGAAAAUCUAUCCAAGAAUAAAGCAUCUGCCUUUUACAGAAUGUGUAGUAGUUCUGACACUUUAGUUUCUGAGACUGAAGAGAAUCAAAACCCAAAAAAAUCAGAACCAAAAGUUGAUUCAUCUCCUAGAAGAAAGCGUACUUCCUCAUCAAAUUCUCAAGGCAGCAUCCACAAGAGUAAGGAAGAUGUGACCGUUAGCUCAUCUCAAGGGAUAAAUUCUUCACCUGAGGAAAGUAAUAAAAGAAUACCUUCUCCAGGUCCAGCAGAAAGCAAGUUCUUGGAAAGGGCAGGGGAUGCUUCUGCACCAAGAUUUAAUACCGAACAGAUCCAAUACCGAGAUUCGAAGGAGCUCAAUGCAGUUGUUGCUCGGGAAAGAAAACCAGCUUCUUCUCCAAGGCCAAAGCCCAAUGAGCUUCUAAGAUCUCAGUCAACUGACCGGCGCAUUUACAGUCGUUUUGAGCCAUUUUAUAAGAUUGAGAACUCUAUGCAGCCAAUAAGCAGCAUGCCAAAUGCCAGUGUACACCGCCCCGAAAUAAAAUCCGCUACUGUGGGCAAUAGUUAUGGUAGGUCCAGCCCAAUACUUAAUUACAACCCUAACGUUUAUCAUUCGUAUCAGCCAAAUGAAAAUAAGUUUCGAGGAUUUAUGCAGAAGUUUGGAAACUUCAUAAACAAAAACAAGUGAAAUACUGCAAUUGCAAAUAGAUGUUAAAAUACAAAAUGAAUGUGGCUAUAAACAUUUGUCCAAAGAACAUUGUGGAAAGUUUUUAUAACAUGACAGAUUUCUCUGUAGGGGCAGGAUUUGAGGUAUGAUGUAUAUGUUUAACAACAUACCAUGUACAGUAAAGUUAUUCUGUGUGAGAAAGUUAAUUGUGCUUAAUUAUACUGUAGAUGGAAUGUCUCUAUAAAGACAUGAUUUUUAAAGGGUAAUGGUAAAAAAGAAAAUGUAAUUGUUUUCUCCAGACUGAAGAUCUUCUUAAGUCUUAAGUAGAAACUUUAGUGGAGUAUGGAUUUUAACCAUUUAUUCUAACGCCUUUCCUUUUACAAAAAAGGAUGCUAAUACUAUCAGUUGCUCUUUAUAAUACAUCAUUAUGGGAUUUUCAUAUCUUCAAAUUAUGAGAAAAUAAAGCCUUUUUGUUUUUAAUUGCCUUUAAAUUCUACAAGUUAACUUGUUAUAUUUUAUUAAUGUUUUAUUAAUUUUCCUGGGGAGUAUAUACAACUGGUGGGGGAACAAGAGAACAAUUUAAACUACAUGGCUCGGCAUAUUUUUUUAUUUUGCCUGAGAGUGUUUGCCAAGUCAGUCUCAUGUAGUAUAAGUACAUCAUAGGACUUUGUUUUCCUUUUCCUUUGAAACCAUCCAGGAUGUGCUUCUUUCCACUCUUUCUGGGAUCCUGCACUUCAUCUACCUGUCAGCUGCUGACCUUUCAUAGUCAUUUCUUCCUUUUCAAACUUAUAGCAAGCCAGCAGAAAUUUGGAAAACCUGAAUUAUUCCUCUCCUUUUUCUACUAUAAAAACUAUUAGAAAUGUAAAGUUCUGCGUAAACUUUUAUCUUAGAAUAGUAUGACAGUGCUUAGGUGUUUUGCUUGCAAAAGUCUUUGCUCUUUUUUAUGCUGUGCCUAAUACGGUGUGAAAGGACACACUUUUAUAAGAGUGCCAUGAUGAAAAUGAGAAGUGGUACCUGGUCUGUUCUUCCAGGACUGUGGGGACUGAUUGUAUGCUUUAAGUCUUUUUAUAUCUUAAUUUGAUUAUGAUACUCAGAACAUAAAGGUAUCCUUUGCCUUUCUUAGAGUAAUGAAAUAAAGCUCCAUAUCCAUUACAGAAACUUUAACUUGAUUUUACUUCAUCCACAAAGAACAAAAUUCAAGAAACAGUGCAUCAUUUUAGAAGUGAAAGUGUUCCCACAGCACUUUAAAUAUAUUAUUUAACAGCUUCUAAUUUGCUGUAUGGGGCAGUAUUUUGUUGUUUGAAAAAUUCAAGAUAACAGUCAAAUAUUAAUAUCUGUGUUAUUAAAUAAUUAAAAUAAUGACAUUAAAAUAUCUAUGUCAUCUAAAUAGUAGUCCAUAGUAUUGUAAACCCAUGAUAAAAAGCAUGAUGGGCGAAAGCAUGAUAGAAAGGAAAAGAAGACUUAACAUUUAUUGAGCACUUACUCUAAACUAGGUUGUGAGCCUGAACCUAAGGUCAUAAAUAACAUUAUGUGGGUACCAUUGCCCCCAUUAUUUUAUAGAUGAUGAUUGAGGUGAUAAUUGAGACACUGAGAUUCAGAGAGGUAACAUGACAAGUCACAUUACUAAUAAGUAAUGAUACUAAAGUGUCUAUAACAUUAUGUCAUAUCACAUUACCUCACAAAUGUGUUCAAUUCCUGCCUCACCCAAACUGUUGGGAAUUAAAUAGAGGCUAUAAUUCCUGACUGAACAGCAAUCAACUAGAAAGGGUUUAGUUGAAUUCUACUAGACAAUCAAAACACACAGGGCUUAAAUUAAUUGUAGUAGGUGAGAUUAGGGAAUUAAAUUGAGAUUGAUUUCUGAAUGUAACCUAGCAGGCCAGUUGUUAUUGCUAGGCAUCCAUUUUGAUCCCUUUCCAGCUAACCUGUGGAAAUGAGAGGAAGGAAUGGAAAAGGAACCAUGAGUGAGUUGGUUCACCUGCUUCUUGCUAGAGAAAGAAGUCCAUUAGGGUAGGAAGCUAGGCAGGGAAUGGAACUCAGUGUUAAAUACAUUAUCUUGUUAAAUAUUCACAGUAACCCUGUGAAGUAAAUACCUUCUUUCUGCAAAUAAGAAAACUAAGCCUAAGAGAAACUACCUAACUAUCCAAAAUUUACACAGCUCUGAAUUGGUUAGAACUGGGGCUUAAACAUAAAAGCCUGUAUUUUUAAUACUCUACCACAUUAUACUUUUCUGGCUUAUUCCUCUAUGCUUGAGGAAUCUUCUUUGAAAGUAGUCACUCUCUUUUGCUCUCUCUCUUUACAAAUUGCAGAAAUAUAACAGUAACUACAGCAAUAGCAUUUUAUAAACAAAUCCAGAAUAUAAUGUUCAGUUUCACAUUCAUAAAAGUAGGUUUUAAAACUCUCAUUAUAACCCAGGGAAUCCCCAGGUACUACAACAUGGGAUUUUAUUGUUUUGGUGAGCUGACCUAAUAGAUUGAAAGUUUUGCACAAUUCCUAAUAAAUUAAUAGCAUAAAAAUAAAAAGAGGGAACAGAGUCAUUUUUUUCACAAGAAAUGUAGCCAAGUAUAUUUAUAAAAAAUUUGAAUUAAAAGAAAUAACCUUUAAAAUGUGUAUUUCCUUAUAAUCAGAUAAGGAAUUCAGUUGUAAUAAGAAAACUUUCUAAUUCAGGGGUGUCCAAACUGUGGCCUAUGAUCCACUGUUAAUUGGCCCGCAGCAAAUUCCAAAAAUAUAUUUAGUUUACUUAAAUAAACCAGGAGAGGCAAUACGUACUUCACCUCGAGUGAGUGGCCCGGCUGUUUUGUGUAUUUUACCUCAUAUGGCGCUUGGUGUAAAACGUUUAAAAAAGUUUGGACACCCCUUUUCUAAUUAUUAGUGGGUUAAUUUUUUUAGAGUCAUCUGGAAAUUCUUUAUAGAUUAAUAACAGUUCAUUGAAAAAACAUUAGAGUUGGGUGAGAGACAGUGAGUGAAAGAGAUUUUUAAUUUUCCUCUUAGAAAAAUUUACUUCUGUAAUUCUGGACCCUAGUCUUUUACCCAUUUACUAAAGGCAGAACACACAGUAAACCAAACCAGAUUGACUUUCAUGUAUUACCCAUUCUUUGUGUUAGAUGGGCCUCUUUCAGAGAUAAGGGGAUAAUGGGCUAAUUGUCACGAGGCAGCUCUGAAAUUGAAAGUCCUGAAUAUUUAGAGCAAUGUAACUUUAAAGCUGAAAUUACCUAAAGACUAGGGUUUAAAUUAUGUUUAAUUACAAGCAAAAGCUUGUUGCCUUUUUAUACAGCAACUGCCAUCAUUUCUGGAAACUUAAAUAGCUUUUAAAUAGCUCCUGAUUUGAAAUUGGUGAAACUGGGAAGUACAGGAUGCUUUAUUGCAUUCACUUAGGGUGGAUAGUUAGGCUUUUGCACAACAGAUGUAUUCAUUCUCCUCUGCCUUUUUUCCUUGAUUACUUUCCUUCUAUCUUUUUUCCUCCAGAAAUACCUAUGUGUCAGAAUCUGUCCAGAGUGACUUUCCAAAGUUUCUGUGGCUGACAAACUCCUCAAGGUUAAGACUCAGCAAGCACAUGAUACGUCAAAUAAUGUACUCAGUUUAAGUUUUAAACAGACACUCGAAACUUCAUGGAUGUAUUCAUUUCAAGCAAUGUACUUUCCUUUGCUCCCAAAUUAAUAUUGGUGGAAAGAUAAUGUCAAGUGAACACACUUUCAUAUUAAAGUUUGGUAAGGUAAGUUUUACUCUCUGCAUAGUAAGUACAUUAAUUUGUAAGCAGAAACUUAAAAAAAAAAAAGGGUCUGAUUUCAAAGUAGUUCUGACAGAUGACUUCAGAAUAGUUUAAAUGCUUGUACCUUGAACAUGUUGAUAUCCCUCUAUUAUAACGAUGGGAUUAGCCACAAUCCUGACAUGGUGUAUUAAGGUAUGGGUACAAGCUGGUAAUCUCAUUUGUGGAAGCAAAUACCUUAUUUAAUCAAGAUGACAUCUAGUGUGAUCUAGGUAAGCAGGAAGAUGGUUGAACUUUGACUGCAUUCAACUUUAACUUUUCUCAAGAUUAUCCAGUUAUUCAACUGUUAUUCCUCAGAUAUUUGUCUUUAGUGAAUAUCUGUUGAUUCUUAGUGUGCCUAUGGCUAAAGGAUAUAAAGUAGAAUCAUUGUUUCAUGUUAACUAUGUGUGAUGCUGUAUUUUUUUUUUAAGUUUAUCGUAAUAUUCAGUUUGGUUCUAGAAUAUUUAAAAUAAAA